CACACUUAGCUACACGUGCAUUGAUGUGAUUGAAUUUUACUAGGAAAUAACCCACGAAAAGUGGUUUAAAUCGCGUUUAUUGAGCGAAAUUCCCUUCCGCAGACAGUGCUGGAGCACUGAGGACUACCAGUUCAUCGAUUCUACGACAGGACAACCAUGAAUUUCGACGACGAGGACCGUUUGGAACUGCAGUUCCUGGCGGGCGGCAGCAUCGUGGAACAUGCGCCUGUCUUCUCGCCCGAUGGAAGAUUCAUGUUCGUGCGAUGUGUGUCAAAAGUGCAGGUGUAUGCCACCAGUACGGGAGAAAUUACCCGGGUUUUGGAUGAUGCCACGGCACCGUUGAUCAGCUUGGAAUUGGAUCUGAAGCAACCGGAUCUCUUGAUCGGGUGUACUACCACCGGGCAGAUAAUCCGGUGGAACUGGCGUGCGGGUGUGGUAAAGAAAACCGUACCCUUGAAGCUGCCUGAUGAACAGACGAUCAUUUUGACCUGCAACCUGAUAAAUAUGUAUAAAGGUGGCGACACAGCCUGCGCCUUUGUCACCACGAGGAAGAAGAGUGGCGAACAGGUCGAUUAUUUUGUGGUCAACACGAGCACUGGCGAUCAGAUCGAAAUCACCUGUGGCCUCAAGCUGAAAAUUCGCACUCCCAUCGUGGACGUGGGAAAGGGCCAGUUCAAGUACAUAAUCCUGGCUCAGGGCUUCUACAUUUACUUCGUCAACUACGAGACCUGGACUUUUUGCCGCUUUAGGGGCCACAAAAAAAGUCCCAUUACCUGUGUUCGGAUGAGUCAAUGUGAAAUGGUGGCGGCCACCGCCGAUACCUUAGGAAGGAUCUUUGUGUGGCGAGAUUUCGAAAAUCAAAAAUCAAUAAGCAACACGCUUCUCCACUGGCAUCACACGGAGGUUACCAGUUUGGGUUUUUCGCCCUCGGGCGUGUCCCUCUACAGCGGUGGACAUGAAUGCGUACUGGUGAAGUGGAACUUGGCUAGACCGGAAAUUCGCAAGUUUCUGCCCAGGAUGUCCAGUGUGAUUCGUCAUAUUGUGGUUAGCAAUGAUAACGAAAAUGUCCUGGUUUGCACUGAAGACAAUGCCAUUCAGCUGCUGGGUGGCAGUGACAACAAUAUCAAAUCAACGGUGCUGCAUUUUACUUAUGAGACAGAGGAUAAGACGGGUAGGCCUAAGUUCCCUAUGGGUUUACGCUUGAAUCCGAGGACGAAUACAUUGGUGCUUAAUGGCAGAUCAGGACAUUUGCAGUUUUAUUCGGCUUACACCAAGAGCAUGUUGUAUAAUCUACGCGUAGUAGGCACUAAUGUAUAUAGUGAGGAAGCACAUCACAUUGUCUAUAAUACGCAAAUUACACAAGCAGCAUUCAAUAUUAAUUGGAUGGCCACUGGAGAGGUGUAUAACGAUCUGGAGAACUUUGCCGAAGUGCGUCUCAAAUUCUGGCAGUAUAGUGAAGAAUUGCAAAGUUACACCCUGAACACAGAGAUUGAAUUACCUCACGAGGGUGGCUUCAAGGCCAUAACCUUCUCCAAUCAGUUCCAGGUUAAUAAUCUGCGAUGUGCUACCGCUGGCGAGGACAACGUAAUUAAGGUUUGGGGCCUGACAGACUCUGAAAGCAUCUAUAAGCGUGGUACGAUGUGGUGUUGCCUGGCACAGACAAGCUACAGAAAUCUGUGUAUUGGUUCUAUAUGCUUCUCGCAGGAUGGGUCUCUGUUGGCCGUGGGUUAUGGAAACAUUUUGGCGCUCUAUGAUGCGAGGAAUCCGCGACUGCCCCUUCAAACACUGAGCUGUCCCCCCGGCAUAGAUGGUGUAAUAUCCAAGGCUCAACUAAGAUUGGCCCAGUCGCCAUUAAAUGGAACCAGGAAAGAGCUUACCCAGCAAAGGCAACAGUUGUGGGAUCUGCUCAAGACCCUUAUAAAUAGCAAUGAUGAGAAGCUGAUUAAACAGGCCAAGGAUUUGAUAGUGGGUCCUCCAGCCAAAGCACAAGUAGUGGACCAAACAGAAGAUGCCAGCAAGGAGGCAAUAUUUAGGUACAUUAUGAAAAUGCCCGAGCUUGGCUUGCAUCAAAAAUUACAACUGCUUCGUCGUUUUGGAGUCGAAUGCUCCAUCCCACAUGUCCUUCGGAAUCGCUUAUUGCAGCAUCUCACGCAAAGAGCAGUGAUUCCACUAGCAACGAAGCAUAGGCUUCGCAAACUGGACGCCCGACUGCAUCGUUUGCACACGCGACAUCGUUACAAAGCCAAACAUCGUCUAAGCCGUUUGACCCAACGGCGGCAAAACUUUGAGGAUCUGGUGCCGCAGGAUAUAUUGUCUCUUUUCAGUGUCCUCAAGCUGGACGAGAACAGUCAGCCGAAAAAGAAUGGAAAAGGCAAACUGACGAUGAAUGAAACUAAACUAAAUCACAGCAACAAAGUUAACAUAAAACUAAAGAAAUUUCCCACAAAAGCGACUCCUCUGCAGGGAUUGGCGCAGAUUUCACAUGUGCAAUUCGGAGCUGGAGAACAGGCUCAUUUGGUGGCAGUCUGCACCGAGUCAAGGGUUCUCAUCUGGAAUUUGCUGACGCUUCGAUUGCAGGCGGGCUUGAAAUUAUCCGUCCGUCAACUCGCGUUUGAUCCGCUCACCAACCUAAUGGCUGUAAUUACGAAAAAUGAUGAAUUGCACGUGUUCCAACCAAAUGUUCCGCUGCCCCUGUAUCAACGCAGUAAUCUGCCGAAAACCCAUGGUUUGGCCUGGUUACCUAGGAGACAGCCCAAACAGAGCUCCAUCAAUGUGGAUUGGCAGGCGCAGUCUACGCUGAUAAUGCUCACCCACUCCCAGAAGAUUGCGUACCUGGCGCUACCGGGUCAGAGUCCAUCGGACGAUGCGCCCGCACCGAUCGGCUUUGCCCAGCCUGCCGCCCCGGAAAGUCAGUUUAGAUACGCGACAUUCGGAAUUCAUGCGACUAAGCAACAGCAGGUUUCCUCUGACUUCCUGGAGAAGAGUGGUCCGCUAAUCGUGGGACGAGGAGAACACAGUUCUGUGAAUGCGUUUGUCAAUCUUUCCGCCCACACGAUGCCUGCCAUGAGCCUGAUUUGUGGUGAAUUUGUAAAAUCGCUGCUAAUUCCGGCGGACACAACCUUAAGGCACUCGUCGGCAGCUGGAGAAGAAGUCGCAGUGACCAAUGGAGGAAUCGUCAAUGGAAAUGGAGUGUUGUACGGCCACAGUGAUGAGGAGCCGGAGGAUGAAGAGUUGGAUGAGGUGACAAAGAGCACACUGGACACCCGAAAAACGCUGCUGGAGCAGAAUGAAAAGCUUGAGGAUCUGCCACCUGGAGAAGAACUUGACCAGCAGGCAUUGGAUAAUCGAUUAAAGACCAUUACGGCGCUGAGAACCAAACUGAGGUUAUGAAUGUAAAGAAACUAUUAGUUGUUCUAACAAAUUUAAAUUCUUCUAUUUUUGUAUAAGACAUUGAGGUAAUACAAGUCAUAAUGCAAUAAAGACGAUUUUUUAUGUA